AUGGAAGGAACUAUGCCAUCAAGAAAAAAUAUGCCAUGCCAUCCGGAUGGGACCUCGAAUCAAGUACUUUCUUGCCCUAGAAAUUUCGUGCCCCUAUCUGGCGAAGGCCGUCCCAUUUUACCACCUCCAGUUCAGCAUGAUUUUGUACCACUCCAAUCUAGUUAUGCAAAAUCUGUGCCAUCUUUAAAACUUGCUUAUGCUAUUGAACUUUCACGCCUAAUAGAUACCUUGAAUCAAGUCCCCUUCAACCCUCAGGAUGUCAGUUGCCGUGCUGCUUAUAACGGUAAUGGUAGCAACUACUGUCCACCGGUGGUGUCAAUGCCUCAUCCGAAACAAAUUAGACCUCGAAAGAAUUACACACGUCCUUCUCAGAGAGUCAAAAAUGCAGCUCGAACUACAAUCCGAAAACGGGCAGCACGUUCGCGAAUCUCUAAAAACGCCAAUUCUGUUGACGUUCACCAUCGUCAGCUAUCACCAAGUUCGGGAAAAAACGGACAAGAGAAAUUGGAGCCAAUCUUCCCGGUGGACUUUAACCGACUACUAAAAUCGCAAAGUUCAGAUAUGUCUGCAAUUACUCCAGCAGUCUCGAUCUCGGAUUCAAACCGUAAGAUUAGUUCUUCUCUUGAUCUAGAUCUAAUUUCCUUUACUUUUGAUCCUAACAUAAGUCAACUAGUUCGCUCGAGAUUCCUUCGACAAGUAGCAAUAAGUGGAGUUUUCCAGGCCUCAACGUAA